AUGAGUUUGAGGUACACAGGAAGAGUGUUGUACCAAACUGCAAUGAGAACACUUCAGGGCAUGAAAGAUCAAACCUCAAAGUGUGAUUCAACUAUCAAGUCUCUAAGGGAUUCUAGUUCUUCUAAACAAGCUAAAGCUAGGCUUUUCUCUAAUUCUUCUUCUUUUGAUAAUUCAGCCUCUGCUUUCAAAGGUGGUAACGGUGAUAAGAUUAAACGUGCUGAAGAGUCUCUUAGGACUGUUAUGUAUUUGAGCUGUUGGGGUCCCAAUUGA